AUGGCAAGCUCGGCUUCCCUGGAGACCAUGGUGCCCCCGGCCUGCCCGCGCGCUGGAGCGUCGCCGGCCACUUCCAAGACGCUGGCCUUCUCCAUCGAGCGCAUCAUGGCUAAGACGUCGGAGCCCCGUGCGCCCUUUGAGCCCCGACCCGGGGCACUGGAGGCGGACGGCGGCCAGGGCAAGAAAUUGCUCAACCUCUGCUCACCGCUGCCCUGUAUGAUCCCCCUCCAGCCCCUAGGCUACGAGGUGCCGUCCAAGACGCUGCUCAGUUACUCUGAGCUCUGGAAAAGCAGCCUCCGGGCGGGCGGCGGCGGCGGAGGAGGAGGCGGCGGCGGCGGCGGCGGCGGGGGGGCCCCGGUGUGCGGCGCCAGCGGCUUGUGCAAAACCAACUGUGGCGUGUGCUGCAAGGCCGAGCUGGGCCUGGCGCCGUCUGCGCUACCCGCGGGCAGGGUCAUCAAGCCGCAGGUCAUCAACCAGGCAGUGGGGCUUCCGGCCAGCGGCUCGCUCUACUACUUCAACUACCUGGACUCUGCCGCGUACCCGCCGUCUGAGCUCCUGGGCGGCCACCUCUUCCCGUCCGGCCUCCUCAACGCACAGGCCCCCGCUGCCCUGGCUGCGCACCCCAAGCUCUUUUUGCUGGAGAACGCCAAGUUGGCCGGCCUGGCCUCAGACAAGUUCCCCCAUCCGGCCCCCUAUGCCCAUAAGGAGCGCCUGCCCGCGCCACUGGAGCAGGUGCUGAAGGAGAACUCAGCCCUGACCGCCGAGCGCGGCGGCGUCAAGGGCCACAGCAAGCUGCCUGGGGGCUCCGCGGACGGCAAGCCCAAAAACUUCACCUGUGAGGUGUGCGGCAAGGUAUUUAACGCUCACUAUAACCUCACCCGCCACAUGCCGGUCCACACCGGAGCCAGACCGUUCGUGUGCAAAGUCUGCGGCAAAGGCUUCCGCCAGGCCAGCACGCUCUGCAGACACAAAAUUAUCCACACCCAGGAAAAGCCGCAUAAAUGCAACCAGUGCGGCAAAGCCUUCAACCGCAGCUCCACGCUCAACACACACAUUCGCAUCCACGCGGGCUACAAGCCCUUCGUCUGUGAAUUUUGCGGCAAAGGCUUUCACCAAAAAGGGAACUACAAGAACCACAAGCUGACCCACAGCGGCGAGAAGCAGUACAAAUGCACCAUCUGCAACAAGGCCUUCCACCAGGUCUACAACCUGACUUUCCACAUGCACACCCACAACGACAAGAAGCCUUUCACGUGCGCCACUUGCGGCAAAGGGUUUUGCAGAAACUUUGACUUAAAGAAACACGUGCGCAAACUCCACGACAGCGGGGGUCCCACCACCCCCUGCACAAAGGACCUGACUCGGACAGUGCAGAGCUGA